UCAACCUAUUUUAUUUAGAUGGCGUUUAAUACCCACCAUUGUUGUUACGGAAAGAGACUUACAAUCAUUUCUACCGUUUAAACUUUAAACUUAAUACUAGCAAGUUGGAUUGUGCAGAGCUUGUCACCGCACAAUUAAUUUUGUCUUGCGGGUUGAGUUGUUUUCCCCUCAUUGAUUGUCGAUCCAUUUGUCUAGUGUCAAUGGAGUCUAUCUAGAUAUUUUAGGAAGGACAAAACAACAAGAAGAAGAAGAUAAGUUUAAAAGAAAAAUGAAGAUAAGAAAUUGGUGAUCUACAUGGAAACUUAUAGGUUGCGUCUGUGGGAUUUUAUGUCCCCAACUCCCAACAGGAUAUUUUUAGGAUAUUUGUUUUGGACGUCAUCCAUUGGCUGCUCUGCAAAUCUUUUGUUGGCUAAGAGAGAAUGGGAUUUGCCUCUGCCGGAGCGCAGUUGAUUUCCCUUCCACCAACUGGGAGCAGUAGCCGCCGUGUCGAGAAGCCAAUUCAGCCACCUUACUCCCAAUUUGCUUAUCCUCUCCCUUCUUGGAAAUACAAUAAUUGGGGUGAUUGGAAAUGGAAGGGUAAACUGCGUUAUUAUAGCGUAAAGGGCCGAGUGAAGGAUGAUGAUGAUGACGCUUGUGAACUAGUGAAUGGAAUGGAGCUUUCAAUUGGGGAACAACCUCAUCAUUCAAUUCCUGCAUAUCUCUUUAAGGCAGUCAAGAACAAUAAUGGAACUGCUAUUCUUCUCUUGUCCGAUCUCUUUGCCUUUCAAGAUUCUUCCAUUAGAGACUUUGCUUAUCGUCUCGCUUGCAAUGGCUUCAAUGUCUUACUUCCAGAUUUAGUUAACGAAGAUCCAUGGGAGAAACCGCCAGCUCAACACUCUGCAAAACAAGAGAUGCAGAGGAUUGCAGAAGACAUAGGAACAGUAACAAAAUGGUUGACCGACGAGUUUUCAGCGGCAGGCCUCUCAAGGAAGCUUGGGAUCAUAGGAUUUGGUUAUGGAGGAGGCCGAGUAAUAGAUGUUCUAGCUCGAGACAAGGGUGCCUGUUUCUUGAUUGGAGCCUCCCUCUAUGGCACUGAGGUAGAUCCAUCACUUGCCACCAAAGUCAAGGUUCCUGUGUUGCUCAUCUCAGGGGACGAUGACCCACUUUGUCCAGUGAGUGUCAUGAAGGAUUUGGAGAAAGGGAUGGGAGAAGGUUCCAAGUUAGUGAUAUUUGAAGGAAGAGGCCAUGGCUUUGUUCACAAUCCUGGAUCUCCAGAAGAAGAUGAUGAUGCUGAACAGGCUUUUCUAAUGCUUAGAAAUUGGCUACAUCACGGCUUGAUUGCAACUAAUAAUUUAGCUAACUGCCAUGGGUAAUAUAGUAAUAAAUGAAAUCAAUCUGAUUCUUGUCCCCGUUACUUCGAUUCCAAAAUGCCGAAGGCCAGGGGGAUGCCGCACUUUUGCGCAAUUCAGCAAUGCGAUGAAGUCAUUAAUAAACACAUACUUUCAAUUGGUGGGAUCAA